AGAGGUGGAGCAGGAAGAUGCUGAUGAUAGAGUAGUUGGAGUCUGACAGCAAACACACAUGGCAGUUGAAACUGGUUCAUUCAAGGUGUCUCACACAACCUUCAAAGCCUUGUGUGCAAAGCAUUACAGGCAUAAUUGGCAUACUUAUGGAGGUCUUUCCGUAGAACUGGUCACAGGAGUGCCAGACAGUCAGAGAAAGGUGUUGAAAAUCGGGGGGGAAUGUUGUAUUUCAGGUACAAUGGGAGGAAUUCAUACAGAUAAACUGCCCUGCAGCAUUUUGUCUGUCGCUGUGCGUCUAAAAAACAACCUGAAAAUACUCUUAUCUUCUCUUCCAGGCACUAAUAAAAGUACAUCUGCUUUAGAAAGGGUUCACCCAUAAACAGUUAAUUGAUUGAGAGAAACGCAUUGCCUUCAUUAAUGUUAAAUAAUCUGAUUUGCUACAAGCUCAGAGGUUUUGUUUUUUUUGGGGGGGGGGGGGUUAAUUAUGUCCUAUUAGAAAACAGCUGCUCUAAUUGUGGCAUCUGAUUUCUGCCUGCUUUCAUUGCUGGUGCCAUUCAGCAAACCCCCAAAGUGAGGCCCACAAAAGGUCCACCAAGAAUGAAUCAAUGAACACAUUUUUACCCUCUAACCUACACAAUGUAACGCUUUUCUUUGUGUGUGUAAUAUCUGUCAAUAAAUAUCCUCUUUAAAUGAGCUGCUCGAGGAGGGAGGGCGAAGUCUUACUUUAACUGUGUAAGAAGCUACAAUAAUUUAACCCUGGAGGUGUAAGAGCAGCUGUGUGAGAGCGCCGCCACUGUGCGGCUCCCUGUCCCAUCAACUCCGGCUCUCUGUUUCCAGCAGCACCAGUCAGCCACGGUGGUCCGGGCACCGACACGUCAGGAGGCUUUUCUUUCUCUGGAGGAGUUUCACAGGCACAAAUAUGGGGACUCACUGAAGACACCACAACGUCCUUCAUCGGCAGCCUCCCCGCGGAAGUAACCGAAAGGCGGACACUAUGAACUACGUGGGCCAGCUGGCAGGUCAGGUGCUGGUAACCGUCAAAGAACUGUACAAGGGAAUUAAUCAGGCCACGCUAUCGGGCUGCAUCGAUGUUGUUGUCGUCCGCCAGAGAGAUGGCAGCUACCAGUGCUCACCAUUCCACGUACGCUUCGGCAAACUCGGUGUACUGCGCUCCAAAGAGAAAGUGAUCGACAUUGAAGUGAAUGGAGAACCUGUAGACCUGCACAUGAAGCUUGGUGACAAUGGAGAGGCCUUUUUUGUUCAGGAAUCUGAGCAGCAGAAUCAGAUUGUCCCUGCCCACCUGGCCACCUCCCCAAUCCCCACCGAGAGUCACCUGUUCUGGAUCUCAGAGGUUGAGCACAGGGCAGCAAAAGAUCUGGAGGAUGACCCUGCUGACCCAGAAGACCCACCCGAGCCUCCUGCUCCGAGCACCAUGGCCACAAAAAAGAAGAAGAAGCGGAGGAAGAAGCACAAAGGAGACCCCCGAAGAGAGGAGCUGACCCCGCCCAUGUCAGUCCCCACUGGUAAUGCUAUUGCUGCUAACGCACCUGCUGCUACGACCGCUGCUAUGUCCAGCACUGGGCAAAAUGAAGAGAUCUUUGAGAUGGACCUGAGCUCUGACGAGGAAGCUGCAUCACGUGUCUCAAGGUCACCUUCAGUGACCACAAUGCGAGACAUUGACCCCAAAUUACCCGCAGCCAGACACAGCCUGGAUGGUUAUCCACUGUCUGAUGGGGACUGGCCGGCAGAUGACAGUCAUGGCUUGUCUCAGGCCUUUUCCCCAAAGAGUGACUCUGAACUGAUGGUCAGGCCCUCAGAGAGUUUGCUCAGAGCUGAGUCCCACAUGCAGUGGACAUGGGGAGAGUUUCCAGAAACAACCAGGGUCACCAAAAAAGAGAAACCAGAACUACUAAAAACAGUGACCAUCACCCCAUCAGAGAGCACCCACUUCCGCGUCAUCCUCAGCUCUGAGGCCAUGGAGAAUGAGACUGAUAUUGAAAAGGAAGAUGGUGCUUCCUGCUCAGUGUGUACCAUUGUCAAGCCCGAGCCACGCACCCCUAUCACCACUGUAACACCUGUAAAUCCUCUCGCAUCUGUCAGCCCUAUAACCUCUGUGAGCCCCAUAACCUCCACAGAGCCCCUGGAUGUCCUGCCAUCCAACAUGGCAACCUCCACCCCUUCCAACAGCCAACUGAGUGAUUCACCCUCGAAGAAGAAAGGUGUUCCAAAGAGGAGCCAGCAUCAGGGUCCUGAGGAUAUCUACCUAGAUGACCUGAAUGUACUUGAACCUGAUGUUGCUGCACGGUAUUUUCCUAAGAGUGAGUCUGAGGCGGCGACUAAGCACUGGAUGGACUCAGAGAUGCCCUCUGGUUCACAGUCUCCACAGUCAGUGGGUAGUGCAGCGGCUGACAGCGGGACAGAGUGUCUGUCUGACUCAGCAAGUGACCUCCCCGACGUCACUCUUUCUCUGUGUGGAGGCCUCACAGAGAAUGCUGAAAUAUCCAAAGAAAGGUUCAUGGAGCAUAUCAUCACCUAUCAUGAAUUUGCUGAAAACCCAGCAAUUAUAGAUAACCCUAACCUUGUAGUAAAGAUAGGAAAUAGGUAUUAUAAUUGGACACUCGCUGCACCCUUGAUUCUAAGUCUACAAGCAUUUCAGAAGAAUUUACCAAAGGCUACAGAGGAGGCCUGGAUGAAGGAGAAAAUGCCAAAGAAGUCAGGCCGCUGGUGGUUCUGGCGAAAAAGGGCGGAUAGUACAAUCAAGCAGUCGGAGACUAAGCUUGAAACUAAGGAGGACUCUCAUCUGGAGGAGGAAGGACCCUCCAUAUCUCAGGAGAAACUGUCCUUGCCGCCUAAAGCAGGAGACUCAUCCAGUGACGAAGAGGCCAAGGAGGUGAUCGCUGCAUCCUGUCAGGAGAGACUGCAGUCAGUAGAUGGUCAGCACCACCCCAGCCCACAUACUUACAGGAAGUCACUACGCCUCUCCUCUGAUCAGAUAGCCAGUCUGAAACUGAAGGAGGGACCUAAUGAUGUGACAUUUAGCAUCACCACCCAGUACCAGGGCACAUGCCGCUGCGAGGGCACCAUCUACCUGUGGAACUGGGACGACAAAGUCAUUAUCUCUGACAUUGAUGGUACCAUCACCAAGUCGGAUGUGUUUGGACAAAUCCUGCCACAGUUGGGGAAGGACUGGACCCACCAGGGCAUUGCCAAGCUCUACCACUCAGUAGCUGAGAACGGCUACAAGUUCUUGUACUGCUCAGCAAGGGCUAUUGGAAUGGCGGACAUGACAAGAGGUUACCUGCAGUGGGUCAAUGAUGGAGGCACCAUUCUCCCCCGGGGACCUCUCAUGCUGUCUCCCAGCAGCCUCUUCUCAGCCUUCCACAGGGAGGUCAUUGAGAAGAAACCAGAGAUCUUCAAGAUUGAAUGCCUUACAGAUAUCAAGAACCUGUUCCAGCAUAACAAGCAGCCAUUCUACGCCGCCUUUGGGAAUAGGACUAAUGAUGUGUUUGCCUAUAAGGAGGUGGGGGUUCCAGUGUGUAGGAUCUUCACAGUCAACCCCAAAGGAGAGCUGAUCCAGGAGCAGACCAAGGGAAACAAGUCCUCUUACGGCAGGCUCAGUGAGCUGGUGGAGCAUGUGUUCCCUCUGUUGAGUAAAGAGCAGAACGAGGCCUUUGUUAUGCCCGAGUACAGUUCUUUCUGUUACUGGAGACAGCCCAUACCAGUCAUCAACCCCGAUGAAAUGCUCUGAUCCAACACGUGGACACGGACACCCAUGUAUUCAUAUACAUGCAAUUGGACUGUGCACUUGAAUGCGUCUCCAGGAAACACAUGGACUGAAACUCAAACUUUCCUAUACAGACAGGCACACUCUCAAAUCUACAAUGAGUGUGAAACAGUAACAGGGUUAUGACCAUAAACACAAAAAAGCUUGUAAACUGUAAUUACCCAUUAGACAUGAGUGGAAGUUCUCUUCUGAACAGAAAAUCCUGGUGAAUAAUCCCUGAAAAAUGUCAUCCCAGAGAGACAAGAGACUAAUCACCAACUAGAUUGUCAUCUUUCUUCAUCCUAACCCAAUGAGCAGUCUUUAGUCCCCAUCACUGUCUGGGGAUGAAGAUCUGAGACCAUCUUUUCUUUCUGAAACUUCCAGCUAACAGGACGAUCUGCAUUUGCCAUCAGGGAAGCGACUGAAGCAACGACACGAGGCAUUAGCCCUCAGCACUAGAGUCUGAGCUGUGCAGAAGGAAAAGACUAUAGCCCAUUUCCUUUUUUUUUUUUUUUUUGUCACAAUUUAAAAAAAAAUCUGAAAGCCCUGAAGAAGUUAAAUUAAACAUUCCGAGCAGGGGUGAAAAAACACACUGUUAAUUAAACGGGAUAGGCAAUUAACACUGGCCGCUGCUCAUGUGCUGGUAAUAUUUUGCUGUGGCUACUAUGUUUGCCUAUACGCACGUAUCCAGCCUUUAUCUGGAGGCUGCAUUCUGUUCUAAAACAUCAAGUAAUAUAGUGAUAGUGACCAAUAACUGCUACACCACCUACGAACCAUACACAGUGGUUAGUUGAAAGCUACUGUAGGUGUUCAGUUUUGUCCCUGACACUCUCGACUGUGGUCAUUAGUUCACUGCUGGUGGAACAGAUUUCAGAUUGCCACCUUUUCCCUGGAGAGCUUACGGUGUUGGUACCGAAUGAGUCAUAUUUGGUAUUGUUAAUGUUGUAGGUCAACCAGGGACAUACUAUUGCCAACAUGUAUGUGAAGAUACACACUUAGAUGUGACUUAAAAACAAAAUGAAGCAGCUUCGUAGUAUAUUGUCUUGCUGUUAUUUUAAUGUUUAUUCUGUUCUACAAGCUCUGGCGAAUCAAGUGUGUUUUGUUAACAAUGCAGUCAUUAUUUAUGAUAAUUGAUAUGUUUAAGUUAUUGAUUUCUAUCGUGAUGCCUUUGCUUGUCUGAAAAAGUAAUUUAUCACCAAUGCAAUGUGGUUGGUCACAGGUUAAUAUGCACUUAACAGUAACUGCUCGGCCUUGUACGAUCUUCUUUUUUUUUUUUUAAGUCUGGUAUCCCAUUUUCACAGCAAUCUGUAUUCCUUAUUUUACAGUGAAACAAGUAAGGUUAAUACACAUUCCUUAGCAAACCUCAGAAUCUGCAGCUUUAGUAUUAAAAUAUGUGUCUAAAUGUAAAAGAUAACGCUUGAGUGGGAACAGUGGAAAUAAGAAGAUCUGGAGAGAGCUUUGUGAGGUCCUCUGUAGGAUGACCACGGGGUGAUGUGUGUGUGUGUAUGUAUGCGUGCGUGCGUGUGUGCAUACCUAAUCACUGCGUGUUGCUGCUGUUGGGGGUGACCGGAUUGUUCACCCUUCGCUUAUGUUCCCUCAGUGGCUUUACCGAGACUUAUCCAACGCACUUUGUCUAAGCUGCACCCAGAGAUGCAACUCAAAACACCUCUCACCCACAUGCACUUCACUGAAGAGUUUCUAGUUUUACCUCUUUAUUGUGUGAGUGACCUUCUGACACCACUGACAAAUCAGCUAUUCUGAAAUAUGCCAAUAUGAGUAAAUGUGGAGAUAAAAACAAAAUAAUGUUUAUUUUGGGUGCUGAACCGAGCUACCACUUAGUGUGUGUGUGUGUGUGUGUGUGUGUGUGUGAAUGAUAGAGAGAAAGAGAUAAAGAGGAAAGACUUUUCCCAUGCCUCUGGUGCCCGAAGAAAGAGAAACAGGAAAUACUUGACUGUGUACAGAAAACCAUUUGAAGCGCUUCACUGGCAUUAUGCAUGUAUGUUUUAAGGAAAGGACUUGUGGCAAGAUGUGCCACUCCACUGACAUGGAUCAUACCUCCAGCACAAGAGUAACAGUAACAUG